CUUUAGCAACCCGUAACGGCACAUGACAUGUUACACAUCAACAAUGUCAUCCAACUCAGCUCCAAAAAGUUUAUAAAAGCAGAUAUUUUUUCCAGAUACUACUCCUCCAUUACUGUUUAGUUUUCCCUUCAUUUUCACCAUUUUUUAAUUCUUCCAGAACACUCCUAUUUAUCCCAUUCUUUUUCUCUCUCCUUCCUCUUUCUUUCUCUUCCUUCACUCAAGAAGCCAUCAAAGCUGCACUGUACUCCCCUUCAAGAACAAUGGAAGAAAAUAAAUUAUGUGUGCGUACAAAAUUCUGUGAUUUCUGCAACCAGGAAACAGCCGUGUUAUACUGCCGUGCUGACACGGCUAAACUGUGCAUAACGUGUGACCAACACGUGCACUCCGCCAACACGCUUUCCAAGAAACACCAACGUUUUCCUCUCUGUGACACGUGUGGAUCCGAAUAUGCUUCUGUCAAGUAUAUCACCCGCAACCUCUUUAUCUGUCAAGACUGUAACUCAGAUCUCAUUAACAACGUUGGAUUUUCCUCUGAUGAUCAAACUUCUGUCGAAUGUUUUUCAGGUUGUCCUUCUUCUUCAGAACUUUCUGUUGUUUUGGGCCUUGAUCUUGCAUUUGAUAUGAUGAUGAUGAUAGGGUAUGGUUAUGAUUUAAGGGUCCCAGCUAAUCACAAUGUGGAUCCCACUUCUCCUUUGGGUUAUGAUAAUGAUGAUUGUGGGGUCUUGAUUGAGAAAUGUUUUGAUGGGAAAAAACAAGCAGUGAUUAAACAGUUGUUGAAUCUUCAAAAGAAGGAGAAGGGUUUUGAUUGUGGAAAUGCUGGGGAAAUAGAUUCUCUUCUUGUUCCACAUAAUGAUGGGUUUUUAAUUGGAUUAGAUGAUAAUCUUAAUACUAAUUGCAAUAUAAUUAAUGAUGAUUUUAAUCAAUGUCAAUCAAUCCUGUUUCAACAACAACAGCAAAAAGAAUUGAAUUUCCCAUAUAAUUAUAAUUCUAAUAUCACCAGAAAUGUGGGUGGUCUUCCUGCUACUGCCACCAAUCCAACUAAACAGAUUUGGGAUUUUAAAUCAGGACUGAUGAGAGAUGACAAAGAACCUGGAAUGUUACAUGUCAACUACAAUAAGAAUGAUGUUAGUUUUAUUAUGGACAGCUACAGUUCUCUUCAGCAGGAAACUGGUUCGACAAGCUCAAAAGUCGUAGGGGAUAUUUAUGACACGAAUGGCUCCAGUAGCACCGAGGAUAUCCGAUUACUUAAUAGUAAGUUGCAAGAUCCAGCAGCAAGUCAGAUUCCAAUAACAUCCGAGAGUAACAACAUUCAUUUCACGGACCAAUCUAUAUAUGUUGGACCCGAUAAUGCGCUUACUGCGGGCAGAACCAAGGCUGACUUAGAGAUGAUGGCGCAUAAUAGAGACAAUGCAAUGCAACGCUACUUGGAGAAGAAGAAGACAAGAAGAUAUGUGAAGCACAUACGUUACGAGUCCAGGAAAGCAAGGGCUGAUGAACGAAUGAGAGUGAAAGGACGAUUUGUGAAGAUCAAUGAUGCUCCGCCUGUUUAAUAUUGUACGGUUAUUAGCUCAUACGUAUAUAUAAGAAAUCGCGGUGGCGAUUGGAUUUUUGUUACAAUUUUGUGUACUACUAUAAAUCGGUUUCUUCUACUGUAGUUCGAUAACAUUAGAGAUGCGACUUUUAGUUUGGGUUAGCUGUAACUGUAAUUAUCUGUACUUAUUUAUACUCCCUCCGUUCCUUUUUGAUCUUC